GCAAGUUAGCGCGAGCAAACUGUACUUGGGUCACGACAGGAGCUGCCAAGCGAGUGAAGAGGUUGAAUUUUCCAGAAAUGUUACAAUUGUUUUCUCUCUCCUCAUCGACCAGCCUAGAGUUAAAGUAGAUCGCUGCCACACUGUCUUGGCUCGCUUUGCAGGCUCGGGGACGUGCGAGAGGCAAGUCCUGCCUGUUAAAUCGGCAUUGCACUCAGGGAAGGAGCAGCUCUGGUCACGGACGCUGGCUGAGCGAAGGUGUGGGGCUGCUUUGCCAUCGAGGGAUGACGGCUUGCAGGAGCUGAUAGGCUGGUGCAAGGCUGGAGGCAGGACCUGGGCUGCUACCGUGCGAAUGUCCACACUUGACAAUUCGCCACCAACAGCACAGCCGGAGGAGCCCGCGAGAAGCUCCCUCCUCCUCGGGAGGGGUUUUCUUUGAGAGACUCUUGACCUGAUCGCAAGCGAACAACUUUGCCCUCACCGCAGGAUGUACCUCAAUGGGACGCCAGCUGACGUGGCUCCACGGCUGCUGAGCCAGCAUGGCCAAGCUUCAGAUGCUUUCAACGGCCAGUGAGCCUGCUUACCACGGCUGCCAGACCUACCCGUUGUUCGCUCCCAGGACCGCCGAUCCGGGCCACUCCCAGGGCACGAUGGGGAGCGUGGGUAGCGGUGUCGCCAACGAGCAGGAGUUUGCGAUGAAAAGCAUGAACAGCAACAACCGACCAGGCCUCAUCCAGAACAGCAGCCGUCAGCAAGAUGGGCUGCGGAAUGGUUACGCAUCCCGGGAAUUCUCAAAACGCUUCUCGUCUGAGGAGAAAUGCUUUAAUUCCGAGAACAUGACAAAUUCUUUAUAUAUCAAUGGGGACCAUCGUAUAGGAACCAGAACUAAAACUGACAUGACAAACAACAACGAGAAGAAUACGCCUCCACAGCACAAAGAGCCAAGCAAUCCUCCGAAGAUACUUCCUAUCUCUGGCAAACUAGAGCAGACCAGCGAGGCAUUAAUUAGGCCCUCAGCUUUCAAGCCUGUUGUUCCCAAGAACUUCCACUCCAUGCAGAACCUCUGCCCACCGCAAACCAAUGGGAUAUCAGACAGCAGGAAAAGCCUGAAUACUCACCACAACAACAGCAGCAGCAGCCCUUCCGGGGGCCGAGUUGGAAUAGACAAGGCAGGCCACAGCAGGACUAUAAGCCACUCCGGAGGGAUGUCAGAUUCUGGCCGCAACUCGUUGACCAGCCUGCCGACGUAUGGCUCAGGGUACAGCCAGCACAUUGGCCCACUGAGCGCCUCCACCAGCCACAUCAACCGUCUCGGAACGUCGUACGGGGAGAGGGGCGUGCUGGGGUACAAUGGGAUCUCGACCUCGGACAGCGGACGCUCCUCCAGCAAGAGCGUGUCCUCCUUCAACAAGCUGAACCACGCGCACGAGACCCUCGCGUACCACUCGCCGUCCAGCGACGACAUCAUUCAGGACCUUGAGGACCGGCUGUGGGAGAAGGAGCAGGAGGUCCUGCAGAUGAGACGGAGCCUCGACAAGAGCGAGGCGGCCAUCGUGCAGGUCUUCGAGGAGAAGCAGAAGAUGUGGGAGCGCGAAAUGGAUGACCUGAAGCAAAACUAUGCAAACAAGUUGCAGCAGGUGUCGAAGAAGGCACAGCGGUCGCAGCAAGCCCUGCAGCUUCAGAUCUUCAAAUUGCAACAGGAGAAGAAGAAGCUGCAGGAAGAUGUCGGACAGCUCCUGCAACAGCGGGAAGAGCUGGAGAAAAAAUGCCUGACCUUUAAAAAAGAGCAGUCCGAACUGCUGCCCAGGCUUGAGGAGACCAAAUGGGAGGUAUGUCAGAAGGCCGGUGAGAUCUCCUUAAUGAAGCAGCAGAUGAAAGACUCGCAGGCUGACGUUGCCCAGAAGCUGAACGAGAUGGUGGUAUUAAGGACACAGCUAAAGGAGUUGACAUCAGCACUGCGGGCCAAGGAGGAGCAGAUCCUUGAGCUGAAGGACUCCUUCGGUGCCAAAGGCAUCGAGCUGGAAGUGUGUGAGAACGAGCUGCAGCGGAAAGCCAGCGAGGCCCAGCUCCUGAGGGAGAAGCUCGGCCAGAAUGAGGUAGAGAUCUCGGGCUUGAAGCAAGCCCUGGUCAGUGCGGGCCAGCCGGCACAGUGCAGCGAGGAGGCGCCGGAGGAGGAGCGGGACGAGCAGAGCUGCGAGAGCGACGAGGCCAAGAUGCAGCGGCAGAACGAGGACGCGGCGAAGGCCCUGAGGAAGCAGGUGGAGCGGCUGCAGGGAGAGCUGAGGCUGGAGCGGCAGCAACACGAGCAGCAGCUCUCCCACUUCGAGGAGGAGAGGCAGACCUGGCAGGAGGAGAAGGACAAAGUCAUCAAGUAUCAGAAGCAGCUGCAGUUGAACUAUGUGGAGAUGUACCAGAAGAACCAAGCACUGGAGAGCAAACUUAAUGAGAUGAACACAACGGUCAACUCCCCCACAGCCGAUGACAUGAAGCAAUGGACACCAUCUCGUCUGGAACGGAUUGAAUCCACAGAGAUCUAACCUGUGACACUUCCAUUAAUGUAUCACUGGGAUCAUUUACACAGAUUCUCUAAAGCUACUCCCCUGUAAACUUCAUCUUCUCAUUUUAUAUUACAGUCUGUGUUUGACUCGUAUAAAGUUUGACCCUUUUACUUUCAAAACUGUGUGAGGACAAAAUUUGUUCCGUUCCACCAACCCUAGUGCAUACUCUCGCCCUGAAGGUCAAAUAACAAGCGGCAGACAACCUGCUGUAAGAACUCAGUGUCUGGAUCCUGAUGCAGGGUUUUUGACCUGAAGUUCCUCUCCCCCCACCCAGAGAUGCUGCGUGACCAGAUGAGUUUCUCCAAUCAGCAGAUUGCUUGGUGCUGUAGAUUUGAGUGCAUACAGUCUCUUGUGUCUCUAGGUGAGGUAACAUGCUCGCCCUGUUUCUCUCCCUUCAGCAGGGAGGGGGUUGGGUGACUUGUUUACCAGUGUAUGCGGCGCAGUCAAUACCUCAGUCAGACUGUAGGCACGUUGAUCACUGCUCUCAAGACCCCUGAUCUUCGGGAAGUUGAUUACAAUUGAACAAAAUACCGCAGACCGUGGGAGUCUGAAAUCAAAGCAGAAAAUACGACAAGGUUGCCAGCAUUAUUUUGCACGUUUUCCCAAUUCCCUCCCACACCUUCCCUUUUGCUUUUUCUUUUCCCUGCAUCCACACUUCCUUUUCCUGUAGGGUUUCAAUGGGUGCUCCGGUUUCCUCCGACAUUCCAAAGACUUAUGGGUUAUGGUUAGUGGGUUGUGGGCAUGCUAUGUGGCGACACUUGUCCAGCAUAACCUUUGUUGAUUUGAUUUGGCGCAACUGUCGCAUUUCACUGUAUGUUUUGAUGUACGUGUGACAAAUAAAGCUAAUCUUUCCUAUUGCACACACUAAAAUGCCGAAGCUUCCACUUCAGAUGAAGUGCCAUCACUGAAAAUUAACUCAGUUUCCCUUUCCACAGACGCUGCAUGACCUGCUGAGUAUUUUGUUUAAUGUAGAGGUACAGGAUGGCCCUUUGAGCCAUGCUGCCCAGCAACCCCCGAUUUAAACCUAACCUAAACAUGGGACAAUUUACAGUGACCAAUUAACCAACUAACUGGUACGUCUUCGGACUGUGGGAGGAAACCAGAGAACCCGGGGGGAAGCCCAUGCCUCCCACGGAAAGGACAUACAAACUCCUUUCAGAGGACGCCGUGAUUGGACUCCAGACUCUAACGGUCUGACAUGCAGUAGCAUCAUGCUAACCUCUACACUACCGUGGAGAUGAAAUCAUCUGCAGUUACGUAUUCCUGUCCCACGAGUGUCCCUCUCCCAAUAGCAUUUAACAACCCUGAAUCUAACGUGGUCUCAUUUUAAGUUGUUUUUAUUUUGUCCUCACACCCUCCUUGAAACCCCUCUUCUCAGUCUCUGCCACCUACCAAACAUUGUCUUGAGGAGCUUGGAGCUGUGGAAACAAGAACCAAUUUUGUUAAGCGAGGGUAUAAGGGUCAUUUUACCAACCCAGCCAAUUGAAGUUAUGGUCUAAAUCAGCCCUGAUUUAAUUAAAUAGUGGAGUGGAAUUGAGGUGCUUAAGAUCAGUAAAAGAAAGGACAAGCUAACUGUCAGUGAAAUCGUCCAUCCUGACCAUGUUCUGUGUAAAUCACUGGAGUACAUUAGCUACCUGUACAAUUAUCCCUUAUGUAAGGAUGGCACAAAGUAUUCACAAAACCAGAUACAAGGCAUAAUCAGGCAAGGAAAUGACAUAUGCAGCACUAUUCCCUUCUCUCUCCUGCAUAUCCAUCAGCAUUCCUUAUCCCUGUUACAUUUUGUCUGGUAAUUGUUACAUGUUAAUCUCAGGUGGAAAGCUGGAAUGGGGUCCAAGCAGCUCUACGAUGUUCAUGUCACCCGCGUGCCACCAGUGCUUGACACUGGGUCAGAGGUGCAAAUACACUUGUGAGCUAUCUGUCUGUUUUUAUUUUCCAUUCCUUCCAUGUUUUAAAAAUAAUCACCUCCCAAAUUUUCCUAUCCCACUUAUCAAGCUGCCUGGGACGCAUCCUGUUGUCCCAGCUAUGACCCCCUUCUCCUGGCUGCCAUCUUAAAUUUUACAUGGAGUUAGAGACAUUUUCUCUGCUUGACAGAAUAAAACCCGACAAAGCUGCACAUCCCUUGGGCUUGGCCUUGUAAAAUUCCUUCAUCUCCUUUGUUCCCAGGUAAUUGGAUUCAUGAAUGUUGCCACAGUGAAUGUACUUUGCAUGAGUUUCUUUGGUAUUAAUGCAUUCCCUGAUCUCUUUCCCCUCCAUUCCCUGACAUCUUUCCCCUCCAUUCCCUGACAUCUUUCCCCUCCAUUCCCUGACAUUUUUCCCCUCCAUUCCCUGACAUCUUUGCCCUCUUCCAACCCUAAGAUCUGUUCACCUCCAUUUACAAGAGAUUUAUCAAUCCCUUUUGUUUGAAUGGCAUCCAAGUUUUUUCUUCCUGGAGAAAGUGUGUCCAACUCUUAACAUCUGGAAUUGUCCAUUUAUUAACUGCGAUAUCCUUUAGAACAUAGAAUAUUGCAGUACAGUACAGGUCCUUUGGCCCAUGAUAUUGUGCUGGCCUUUUAACCUGCUCUAAGAUCAAUCUAACUCCUACAUUGCCCUCUAUUUUUCUAUCAUCCAUAUGCCUACCCAAGAGUCUAUUAACUGUCCCUGAUAUAUCUAUCUCAACCACCAACCCUGGCAAGUGUUACAUGCACCCAUCGCAGUCUGUGUAAACAAAAAACAACUACCUCUGGGAUGCCCUUAUACUUUCCUCCAGUCACCUUAAAAUUAUGCUCCCUUGAGUUAGCCAUUUGCUCAUCUUAUUUUACCUUUAGUUUCCCAUAUUUACACAGCAAGAUGUGUCUCUCUCUAUAUGUCCUUUAUAAUUGUUUCUUUCACAUCAGGAAUAAAUGCAUUCAAUGAAUUGACACAGUGGUACAUCUGAUUACUUGCUGAGCAGCUGAUGCACGAGGAAUUUAACACUAGGUGAUGUCCUUUCAGUGGCAACCUGACUGCGUCACCAUUUCCGAUUAUGGAAACCCAAUAGAGUCACUUCACAGUCAAAUAGAAUCCACAAACCUGGCUGCCUUGGCAUUUUUUUUUUAUUUGACCUCGUUACCAUAGUGAUAAAAGAGGAUGUGCAAGAUUAAGGAAAAUCUUAUAUUAUUAAACAACGAAACUCAAACAGCACAGGAGGAGGCCAUUUGGCCCGUUACGCUAAAGAGGUGACAGGGAAGGAAAGAUGAUUGUAAUUCAAUAAUUCACGUCUUUGUCAAUAUUGUUGUAUCAUCCAGGGAAACAAAUGUCUCCUCUGUCCCUCUAAUUUAAGAGGUGUUUCCCACUGUUUCAGUCUUCAGAGAAUUACUGGUAAUCUCCCUGUUGUAACACCACAUGAAAGAGGAGCUAUCCAGUAAUUUGUCUAUUGGUAAAUGUUGGGUAGAGCGUGUAUAGUUCUAUGUAAAUAUGUAUGCCUGUGCCGUGUGUAAAGGUAGACAUUAUCCUUCCUGAGGUUACACACUGUAGUUUCUAAAGGUUUCCUAAACAAUUAGACAAUGCAUUUCUUAUUUGCUGCACAGCUUUCUUUGGAAAGAUGAUGAUCUCCAAGAGAUCGUUAUCUUUGCAAAACAUCACGCAAUUGAAAAUACAUUGAACCUAGAAGCAGUGAACUCCCAUCUAAAAACCCAUGACUAAAAGUUAAUUUCAAGCUCCCUGUUUUCUCAGCAGUCCUUGACCAAACCUUGCUGGAGAGGGGGGAUUACCUUUAAAGUGGAUGAUUGCACAUCAGAAACGGCCACGGAGGCUCUGGUGAACAGACUGAACGUAGAACAUUACAGCACAAUACAGGGCCUUCAGCCCACAAUGUCAGGCCAACUUUUAACCUACUCUAAGAUUAAUCUAACGCCCCCUCCUACGUAGUCCUCCUUUCUCCUAUCAUCUAUAUGCCUACCAAGAGUUUCUUAAAUGCCCCUCAUGAUUUUGCAUGAGUGACAUUUCAAAAGACAGUCAUCCAGCUUGUUAACCAUAGGCUGCUCCAUCUGUAGAUUUCACCCUAAAGCUGAACAGAUCUGUAAUUUAUAUCCAGAUAGCUCAAAUGUUCCGGAAAUUAAAAAGUGCAGUUCUGUUUUAAUUCCUUGAGAACACAGUUUUACCUCCAGCCAGUCUCUGUACUGAUGGUGAAGUCCCAUUAAGUUGAAGCAACUCUUGUACUUAGGUCCCCUUGCAAUAAAUACUAGUGAUUCAUGUAUUUUCUUCAUUGCUUGUUGUAAUCUGUGUAGGAUACCUAAAUCUCUCUACCUACCAAGUUAUAAUCCUGAAAUAUAUCCUGUUUCUUUUUUUUAUUCUGCCCAAUGCCACACUGUCCUGCAUUAUACACCAUCUGGCAUCUGGCUGGACAUCUUGUGCUUCUACUUUCGUCUCUUUAACCCAGUUGCACGUACAACCAGUCUCUGUACCAUUGCUUGAGAUGCAGAGUUGAAAGAGAAGGUACUGGUGGUUAUGGAGGUGGUGGUUAAUGGUGAGGUGUAGAAUCACACAGAAUAUAAACAGGCCCUUUGGCCCAGUGUGUUAAUGCUAACCAUCCUACACCAAUUGCACUUUACUGUCUUCCACAUUCUCAUCAGCUCCCUCAAGAUUCAACCACUCACCACGUACACAGGACAAUUUGAAGUGGCCAGUUAACUACCAACCCAAGUAAAGCUCUGCUUGAGAAUAAAACUAAACCCCAUCCUAAGCCGCAGGACAUCUUAAAGUUUGUGCAUUCUGAAGCUGGCAUCUCUGGUUCAAUCCCUUCAGGGUAACGUUGAGUAGCCACACUCUGAAAAGUGAAGAGAAGAGUAUGAGAGGCUAUGAUAGCUGAACCUCGACUUGCAGCUAACAUGGUGACUGGCUGCUGUUGUAUGUAAAGGGCUGUUCAUUAAUUUGUAACCUGACUUCACUCGUGCACCUGAGCUUUGAUGAACCGGUGAGUAAGGGAGUGAAUAGGUUGGGUGUAUGCUGCUUGAUUCAGUCAGGUUGACAGAGGGUUUGUUUAGCCAGCCUACCUGAACCCUUCCCCAGAUAGGCUGAGGAGAGGCUUUCCCAACACCUUCUGAGGCUGACUGAUCACCACGGAGCCCUAAAACACAGCAAGAAUCCCUAGGGAAUCUUGAUUUAACUUUGAAUCAUUAAUUUGUGGGUUACUACAAAAUAACUAUCAAUAAAAGAUUGUCUGGACCAUAUUUAGGUCAAAGUAUGAAAUAAAAUUAAAUCCUUGUUAUGUAAAAUGCAGAAUUCCAGCACCAAUAGUGAUUUGCUUUGGUUAAAUCCUCUACUUUCCUGUUUAGUCACUGAACUGCUCUGUAUGAAUUGCAGGGUAUUUGCUUCCUCCUCACUGCUCACCUCCCUGCCUUGUACCGUCAGCACCCUCACCCAAAUACAGAUGGAGGGUUGUAACUAACUGAGACCCACGUGCUUACCCUUGCGUCACCUCAAUGCAGCCAGUCCUCCUGAUAGUGUUCUGAUACCCACCACCCCGUCUCGUUAACCAAUCCCCAGUUUGAGCAAAAGGAACUCAGACUGUUGACUGGGACUGGCUGUCUCACUGUGGAUAUUUGACUGACAGUUCAUUCCUAUAGCAUUAAGUUUGAUAAUGGGUUUGUAACACGUGAAUUAGGAUGGAUAUGCCAUUUGGCUCCAUAAUCCUGGUGCAACAUUUAAUAUGAUCAAAGUUCAAAGUGGACUUAUUAUCAAAGUGCAUCUCUCACCACGUACAACCCUGAGAUUUAUUUUCAUGUGGGCACACUCAAUAAAUCCAUUAUAGAAUAAUAACCAUAACAGAAUGAAUUAAAGACUGCACCAUCUUGGGUGUGAAAAAGACAAACUCUGCAAAUACAAAAAGAAAUAAUAAUUAAAUAAAUAAGCAAUAGAUAUCGAGAAUGUGAGAUGAAGAGUCCUUGAAAGUGAGUCCAUAGUCCAUAGACGAUCGCGAAUUUCAGAAUUAGAAUCAGGUUUAAUAUCACUGACAUAUGUCAUGAAAUUUGUUGUUCUGCAAAGAACAACAAAUCUACUAUAAAUUACAAUUAGAAAUUUAUAAAUAUACUGUAAAAAUUAGUACGUGGUGUAAAAAUAGUGAGGUAGUUUUCAUGGGCUCAUCGUCCAUUCAGAAAUCUGGUGGUGGAUGGGAAGAAGCUGCUCCUAAAGCACUGAUUGCAUGUCUUCAGGCCGCUGUACCUCCUCUCUCAUGAUAGCGCUGAGAAGAGGCCAUGUCCUGUGUGGUGGUGGUUCUUAAUGAUGGAUGGCACCUUCUUAAGGCAUCGCCUGUUGAAGAUCUCCUUGAUGGUGGGGAGGCUGGCGCCCAUGAUGGGUUUACAAUUUCCUGCAGCGUUUGCUGAUCCUAUGCUGUUGUUCCCCCCCCAACACCCCCCAUACCAGUCUUGAUUGUAGCCUCAACCCCACAUUCCCACCUACUUGUGGUAUCAUUUACAGCUUAAUCCUCAAGCUUCUAUUUCACUCUGUCUUUAAAAGAUUCCACUCCCCUCUGCGAAAGAGUUCAACAGAUCCUCAAAGCACCUGGCCUCAUCUCUUUCAUAAACGGCUGACAGUAGCUCUAGAUUCACCCACAGGAGAAAACAUUCUCCUCACAUCCACCUUGUCAAAGCUCACCAGGAUCUGCUGAGUGUACUCCAGCAGAGUCAAGGUCCAUGAUCUUCAAAUCCACUUAAGGCUCUGUGCACAGCCAUUCUACCACUUCAUCACCUAAAAAUUUUGCUAAUUUAUCCUUUAAGAAACUAAACACUGGGGAAGAAAUGGAAAGCUUGUGCAGCAGCAGGUAUACUUAUGUUUGUUCUUGGUGCUCUCUGUGCUAUAGAGCACGUAGAGUUACCUUUGGCUGUGUUUUAUGGGAUGCUAGGUACAAAAAACAACAUUCAAGUCCCGCCCCCCCGAUGCAUUUGCUCAAUAAUUAGAAACCCAAAUAUCUUGUGCUCAGAUGUCCAUGCCAUUAAAAUACCCUUACCAACUUGCUCUAGCAAGAAUGUCUUUGUCAGAGAAUUGGUUGUGCAUGCACAUGACUAAGUUGAAAUCUCAUGCCAGUAAUAAACUGGAUGCCAGCUGACAUAAUAAUUAAAUAUAGGGCCACCUUAUUGGCUACGUCCAGGGAUUGCACUAUGGCAAUGCCAGUGCUGGAAUGGCGUAUGCCCUCUCAGGGGGGAGUAUGGUUGUAACAAUCACCUGUACACGAUAUCCAGGGAAGUGAUUGAAAUACAGCAAUAAACAGAAAAUGGUAUGUGUAAAAGCACUUUUUCAAUGGCAGGUAAUGUCUACUUUUACAGUAAGUCCUCAACGUAGAUUCAUAAUGUUGUUCUGUAGUUUUUCCAUUUUGUCCAGGAUUGACUAUUGUACAUUUUAAGUAUCUGUGUUUAGAAGGAACUGUAUGAGGAUCGAUGAGCUGUGAUGUCUAGUGAUAAACAAUUCCCCUUGGGAUGCUGAUUCUUCUCAGCCAACAUUCCUCAAUAUGCAGGGGUUCCCAACCUAGGGUCCAUUGACACUUUGGAUUAUGGUAUGGAUCUAUGGCAUAAAAAAGGUUGGGAACCCCUGCCCUAGUAGGUAAUGACUUUUAGGUAAUAAGCUCAGAUCACAUGCAACAAAAAUAGAAAUAAAAUUGUUUGUCAGGAACUGGUUAAGAAAAAAAAAAUUAGUCUUCAGAAAUGUCAUCACCACUUUUAUUUUGUCACAAAUUGACAAGAGCACUGAAACUCAGGAGAGAUAUUUGAAACAUGAUGAAUCUAGUUAGAAAACUAAAGCCCAAAAGCACAGGCAGGUGCAGCCCAGUGCAAUGGUACUCCAAUCUGCUGCAUCAGUGAAUAGAUUGUACCAAUGUUAAUCAAGUCAGUUGCUUUGUUUAUUACCAGGUAUUGACUGACGAGGGUUAUGACGCAGGUGUACACUUUCAGAACGAAACAAUAUGGCCUAUCAUGCUGUGCUAGUUCUUUAAAAGAACUAUUUGACUGAACCCCUGGAUUCCAAUUUGUAGAAACUGGAAAUUGCGCCGGCUUUUUAAAGCAAAAAUCAUGCAUACAAGCCUUUUAAUGUGACGUAGCAAUUCCCUGUGGAAAUAGUGAAACUGAGAAUGGGGUCCAUUCAUCGUUGCGAAGCUCGUGGUUCUCUACCAUCAUUCCAAAACACAGUGAGGUCCCCGACAAGUGUGAGACUCGCCUGUUUUGCUGACAGAAGUUGCAGCAAUAUUGUGUGAACUAUGACCUUUGAUUUCAACCCUCAAAGGAGGUAGGGUCCCCAUUGGAGCGUUGGGUUUUGGCCGUCUUUAUUUGCCAACCUGAGUUUAUAAUACUCUUCAUUGCUGACACAUCACUGCCAGAUCUCUGGGCUUAGUACAGUUACUCACCGCACAGGUUUAUUCUGUGCUAUGUGAGUGCCCUGGUGCCAAUCACAACAUGGGAUUUGAUCUGUGUCACCAAUCACAGAUGAGGCAGUGAGUACACACUCAAAAGGCAUACGCUCUCCUUGUAAAUUCCUCCCCUCACCUCACACCUCUGUGGUGGCCUUUCGGACUACUACAUCUGCCACAGAGGCUAAGACUCAGUUUCCAGCAGCAAAGACACAGUAGCUGCAAUCACAGUCAGGCGGUUACCAUGGCAAGGUGCACAUGUUUUAAUGGAAGAAUCAGUAAAAAUAACAGUACUAAUUUUUAAAAGCUAAAUUUUAGUUUGAAUUACUUCUUUCCCAUGCCAUCAGGUCCUGUUUAUUAAGGGUAGAUUCCAACUUUAAGCAAAGCAUUAAAUUACAGUGACAGACUACAGAGACUAGAAUGGUCUCCCUUGGAAUUUAUAAUCCCACUUUGAUGUUUUCUGACUAUUAAGUGGAUCCACAGGUAAUUUCUACUGAUUUAUCGUCGUCGUUAUGUGUUGUGUCAUAUGACGUGAGUGAUCAUGGUCUCCCAAUGACCAUGACUAUUGCCAGACUUUUCUAUAGAAGUGAUUUGCCAUUGCCUUCUUCUGGACAGUGUCUUUACAAGAUGAGUUACCCCAGUCAUUAUCAAUACUUCGGAGAUUGUCUGCCUGGUGUCAGUGGUUACAUGACCAGGACUUGUGAUAUGAGCUAGCUGCUCAUAUGACCAUCCACCACUUGUUCUCUUGGGUUCACAUGAUCCUGAUUGGGGUGGCUUAUGGGGGUUAAGCAGGUGCUACACCUUAUCUGAGGGUGACCUGCAGGCUAGCGGAGGAAUAGAGUACUUUGCAACUCCCUUGGUAGAGACGUAUCUCCACCCUGCCACCCAAUUCUGUUGAUCAGGCAAUUCUUGCAGGCAAAACCUAAAAAUUAGAACCACGUCUUCCAAGAGUAAAGUGUUUCUACAUCAGGAGCUGGUGGAAAGUUGGAAGCCUCUCCUAAAGAUUUAAAUCUGAUGUUGAUAGGUUUUUGUUAACCUAAAAUAUUAAGGGAUGUAAGGAAAAGGCAAAUAUAUGAAGUUAGAUUUCAUAACAGCUAUAAUCACAAAGACUGGCAGGACAAGGCUCAAGGGGCUACUUGCUAGCCUCCUGUUUUAUGUUCACAAUGAGUCUCAUUGCACCUUUCCUUGGGUUGACUGACCUUUCAAAAAUUACUGUUGAAAGUGUUCCAGAGUCCUUUCAGGUAAGACAUUUCGGAUUGUAAUCAUCCAAUAUAUUAAAAAAAGUAACCCUUUUGAUUUUGUUAAUCGGUUUCGGUUAACAGUCCUGCCACCACUUAACAAUUCACACAUAAUUAGAGAGUGUAAGGAGCAGCACACCAAACCAAUUCCUUUGCACCUCGUAAUAUUGGCCAAGGGACGAAAGUAAAGCAUUUAACAUUUCUAAACAUUAGGUUUUGCAGGUUGUUUUUCAGAAGGAGAAGGGUAAAAGUUGCUCUCCAGGUUUAACAAAAGUUACUCUCACCAAUAAAGUAUGUGAUAAAAGAUGGCUGAAAUGUCUCCAGUUCUUGCCCUCCUGUCUUGAAGGAGCCACGUACCAUUGAACUGGACCUAAACAUUGGAACAUAACAGUUUGUUCAAGAGGUUUCAAAAAUUCCUCCUGAAUUUUUUUCAGUUAUACACCAACUCAAUUCAUCUUUGUAUGUGGUCAGAAGCUACUUUAAAAUGUUUUAAUUUCUGAAUAUCAACUAUUCUAUACAAAAUAUUAAAUUAAUUUUUGUUUCUUUUGUAACAUAAAAUACUCUUGUUUAUGGCUCAUAAGUUAAAAGAAAAUAAACAUGAUUAU